AUGGCAGCUGACAACACCUGGGCGCGAGUUGCAGAGGUCGCCUGUAGAUCAGUCGCCGACUUACAGCUAGCCGAGCAGCCAUUCGUGACCUGCCGGGUAGGACGAGAGAACUGGAACCGCCCAUUGGCAUCAGUAGCUAUCAACGAGUGGAUCAACGACAACUACAUCAUCUGGACCCUCGGCGCCGCCCUCGCUAAGAGCGGCCUCGACACACAGUGGACUCGCACCUUCGAGCAGCAGCAUCUCGCCCAGUGGAUCCAGAUCCACGAGCGCGUCGCCCAGCUCGAGGGCCCCGCUCGCUGUCUCCUAGAUAUCCCCACUCCACCGGCCAAGCAGGCCGUAUUCACAGCUCGUCAUCGGAGGCAGUGGCGCAUUUUCACCAUCGCCCAGACUUCGCAGCAUGUUCGUCCCCGCCCUGGCUUCCAGCUGCUGACACUUCUGGAUUUCGUACAUCGUGGCGGUCUCGCUGAUAAUACGAGCUUUGCGGUCGUGCUCCAUAUCCCCGGUCGACGGGGCCUUAGUGCGAGUGAGCUUUAUCAGCUGCUGUCUAUGACGAGGAUUCCCGGUCCUGCGUCAGUGUCGCCGUUGGCACAUAGCCGUCAGGCUCGGGAUGAGUUUCCCACGCCGCCUCCUCUUUAUCAUAGAUUGUCACCUGGGCCGCCGCUUUACACGGAGCGGGAGGAUAUGCCGCCUCCUUAUCAGUUGAGGCUGCGUUCGAUUUCCCCUGCUGGUCGGCCUUAUCAUUCUUCUGUCGGGCCCCGGGAUGAGUCUCCAGGUCGGUCUCUGUCUCGCGAUCGUUCUCCUUCUCCUUCUCGGCGUGGUCGUGGCCGUGGUAGCGAUCGUGAUCAUGCUCGUGGUCGUGGUCGUUCGCCUCCUCGUGGUCGCUCACCUGGUGCUCGGGAUACUUAG